CAAAGAGAAGCCAUGACCGGAAAAAAGCAAGCGGAGGAGAAGGUUGCCGGAAAGAAAGAACAGAAGCUGAAUCAAAGAAAGAUUGAGAAGAAGUGGAAGGAAAGGGUGAAAUUCUUUGGAGGACUGGCAGCUGAGAUGAAGGCUGUGCAAGCAGAGCUGAUAGGUGAAAUGGACGAAAAUCUGCCGCAACUCGGAUCCGACUCGAACUCACCGAAUCUUCAAGCUCUCCAACUCACUGCUCACCAGCUCCGAAAGGUCAACAUGCUGGCCACUCUGUUGAACGACGAGGUCAAAGAUUACGUCGAUGAAAUUCUCGAUGAAAUUCAGAAGGCUGACCAAGUUGAUUCCCGUUGAUCUGGGAUCUAAGGAAGAUGUGGAAUAUUUCAUCAGCUGGUUCUUAAAAUGGGAGCUCAUCCUUGUUUUCCCAUUUGUUUCUACUUUCUACUAAAAUAUGUCAGUGUGUAUGUCUGUGCUUUUGUCUUUGAAUCUUUGAUAAUGUGCUUAAUUAUGAUUGUUGUUAAGAUUCUAUGUAUUUUUGGGUUCCUUUGGC